AUGAGCUUGAGCCAGGUAAGCUUUACUUACCAGGGUGGUGGGGAAAGAAUGCUGUGUUUAUACUUUCGGUGUAGUGAAAGUAGAGCCAACAGUGAUGCUAGCAAAUUAGCUGGCUAUCUUCACCUGACUGAUGAUGGCCAGCUAGCCGAGCAAUCGCGUGAGAUACCAAGUGCCGACUCAGUGUGUAAACCAAGUAACUUGAGGUAGGACGAACGGCUGGGUUAUCUUUCACAGGGGAAUGUAAAAGGGAUGGUGCUUCAAUGGUGGGGUAACACACUGAAGAAACAACAUCGCUCGUGCUAGCCAAACAAACCGAAUGGGGGUUUAGCCCAGAGGUUGCUAGCUAAAAUACCAGUAGUGCCGUUAGCCCACUAACUAGCCAAGACACUCGAAAGUUCAGCUAGCUAACUCUGAACGGUGGGAACCGACGGAGAGCUAGAGACCCCUGGUAGAAGUAGCUAAAAUUUGUGGGGACCUGCUAUUAUCGGAAUGCUAAAGCAUUGGAGCUAGCUAGCUAACAACGGCAAUUGUGUGUCGGCCAGGCAACCGGUGUACUUAAACUAGCCGACGCCUCUGUAAAGUGAAGCUGAAGUUAGCUGAAUUCCUGAAAAUAUAAAAUAAGGCACAACGCUCCAUGGUGGAAGUUUUCUGAAGAAAGCUGCUUAACGGGCUAGUAACCAAAUAGACUCGUGAAGAGGCGAAGAAUGAGUAAACUUUCUUCUUCGAUGAGGGUUAAUGUCGGUUGGCGUCCAAUAAAUGUUGCAUUACCACCACCUACUAGAUUGGAGUAUACCUCCCUUAUACUUUGCUUUUUAUUUACAAAAAAUACAAAUAAAUCGACAAAUACCCUACCAUCUAACCCUACACUCACUAAAAACCCACCACCCCACUGCACUAUUUCAAUCUAUCUAGUCCUACCUCAGGCCAACAGCCUGAAAGGACGGGACACCACCACUCAACACACCCUGUAACUCUUCUGACGUCAAGUCUCGUACACCCAAAUACCUCUCUGCAGCCACCACAACCUCUAUUAUCUGCAACUUACUUUCCAUCCCUGCAUUUACGUUCCAUCCCGGCAGUACAGUUGAUAGCCAUUGCUAUAAACGCUAAAAAUCCAAUCUUAUUGAAGCAUAUAUCACUUGUUGGCCCAUCCCUCUGUACUGAUACAGAUCUACUACACACCACUCCUCUCAGGAUCCCUCCCUCUUGCCCCAUCUUCCUCUACUUUCUUCACUGCCUCAGCAUACAACAACUUCCACACUACUCUAUCCCUGGAAUCCUCAACCUGCCUCUCUCGCACCGGACAUUUCUGAUCGCCAGCCCUAUGGGCACACCUGCAAUUAACACAUACCACUACUUUCCCCAAUGCUACACAUUCCUUUGUCUCAUGCCCUUCUGCACACUUCUAACACCUAGGAACCUCCCUCCUACACACUGCUGCCACAUGCCCAUAAGCUUGACACCUGUAACAACGUAAUAUAUUCGGCACAAAAGCUUGAAUAGGAUAACUUGUAUACCUUAACAUCACUUUGUCGGGCAAAGACUCUUCUGUUUCACCACACACGCCCGCCUGUCUGUGUCGCACCAAACGACGAGCGUCACAAACACCGGGAAUCUUCCCCUUCAGUUGGUCAGCUUUCACAUUUACCGCUACCCCAGUAAUCACUCCUUUCAAUGACACCCUUUUCUUGAGCGCAAAACAAUUCACAUCUCUUGUCGCCAUUCGUUAAAUGCGGAGCGCCUGCUCCCUCUGACCAGCAGAAACACAAACGAUUAUCACAAGACCACUUCUGGUUACCUUCACCGAUUCCACAGCACCCAACUCUGUUUUCACCCACCCUGAAACCACAAAUGGAUCAGCCAAAAGGCAAGGGUCCACUUUUAACAAACCAUCUCCAUUUUUCCCGCUAUUUUUAACCUAUUCAAGCUCAACCUCUUCCUCCCUCUCUCUUGUCAACCUCCUCUGCCUCUUUUCCCCUCCAUUCCUCCUCCGUAUUCCAAGUAUACGUCUCCUUAUGAUAAUACUGCACUUUUCCUGACAUACAUCUUGUUCUUGCCCUCUCAAGGGAUGCCAUUUUCCCCUGGGCUAAUCCUUUCUCGUCAAUCACUCUGGACGUGUACUGGGAUUCUGAGAAUUUCAACGUUGCCUUAAGCUGAGCUUCAAAUGAGGAAACCAGAGCAGUACAGGAUGUUACACACAGCUCUGAUUGGCCUGUUAGGCGUGAUUGAAUAAGGCUUCAACCAAUGACCCGCAAAAGAGGGCAUGUCCCAUAGUGCGAUGUCGAACCAAGUCGACUGAAAGAGGACCAUUUAUAUUUACGGUAAAUGUCUGUUGCUAAGCCCCGAACCCUCUCUCCGCACAUGACAUUCCGUUGCUAAUGUAAGUUUAAGUACAUAUUAUGUCAAUUGAAAUCUCCUCAUGCUGCCUCUCCUCGAACUUUCAUCAAUCAGAAAAGCCCCUGAGGUAACUAAGGGUUAUUCUUUCAUCUGUCCGCUAACAUGGCCCCCAAAGGUCAGUAGUUCAGAUAUUGCCUAAUUCAGCUGGCCUAGACCCACUGAUAAACUCCUCACCUAACGUUCAUAACUGUGAGUCAAGAUUGACUGUACAAGAUACAAUACUCAAAUCCCUCAGCAGAUCUGAGGCCUAGCUUUCCCUAUCAAUAGAGGGUCUUCCUUGGAUCAGAGCCAAUUGGGGUAGGGGUUGAAAUGCACACUUCACUCAGCACCCCAUCCAUUUCUCAAUGCCUUCUGCUCAAUGGCUCAGACAGCCUGUGUGCUCCUUUAGCCAGGCCUGAGAUAGAGUUCAACGUGCCUGUGAUGGUCUAAACCAGGGCUGCCCAAUUCUGUUCCUGGAGGGUUUUCAUCCUCCUUCUAAUCAGGGACUAAUUCAAACCUGGGACACCAGGUGAGUGCAAUUAGCUACCAGGUAGAAACAAAAACCAGAAGUGUUUAGGUUCUCCAGGACCGGAAUUGGGCAGCCCUGGUCUAAACACUCCACACUAAUGGAGCAGGUGGACCAGGUGAUGUCCACUAUAUGACCACUCUGGAGCAAACAAGACCCAGAUGGCUUGUGGUUGUAACCUUCCACUCACUGAUCUACACUCCUGUCCUCAAAUCACUCAGUCCAUAGUUGUUUUAACUAAACAUUGGCUACAAUUUCCCCUUUCCUUGAGAAUCGUCAAUUUUCUUUUUAAACCUACAGUUCUAUCCUUGCCUCUCUUCAGCCUGUAUGUAAAUCGAUAUUUAAAUUCUCAUCAAAGUGUAAAAAUCCUCUCCUCCUCCUCUUCUGACAGAAAAUAGUUAAAGCGGGAGAUAAGGACCUGGACGGCCAGCUGGACUUUGAGGAGUUUGUCCACUACCUGAGAGACCACGAGAAGAAGCUCCGGCUGGUCUUCAAAAGCCUGGACAAGAAGAACGAUGGUAAGAGCACAGAGAGGGGCCCCAUAGGCCGGAGCCACACAACCACUGAAUGCUGUCACUUGUAUCACUAUGUUUAUCUUAAACCACAGUUUAGCCUACAACGUGGUAUGACGUACUAUUCACUUGGGGGGAAAUUAUGCAUUGGGUUUAGCUGUGCAUACACAAUGACAUCUGAGGAAAUUCAGCCUUUAGGUCAAUUACAUCGAGGUGCUAUUUUAUAAGCUGGUAUUAAAAGCUUAGUGAUAUAUUAUCCGCUCAGUGAGAUGAUAUAAUAAUUCAAGCCCCUUACGAGUGGCUGAUGUUGAUGUUUAGUCUUUUGCCCCGCAGGUCGCAUCGACAAGCAGGAAAUCAUGCAGUCCCUUCGAGACCUGGGGGUUAACAUCUCCGAGCAGCAGGCUGAGAAGAUCCUCAAAAGGUAAGGCUGUCAACCUGGGCUGACGUGUCUCCCGUCUCACCGACACUCUUGUCUAAACCAUUAGCUCUAAGUGUCUGUCUGUGUUAGUCAGUCCAGCAUGCGUUUAGUCUCUUCUCUACUUCUUACUCUCUCUACUUCUUACUCUCUCUACUUCUUUCCCCCUUUCACCUCUAAUUCCUGACUGGUGAACCGGUCUUGACUGUUUGCAGUCAGUGUCGUCUAUUUACCACUGGCGGUUAGCUAGAUGUUUGGGUCAACUGGGUAUCCCAAGUCCACCAGAACCUUCCACAGAAGUGUUUCCCUCCAAGCAUAUUCCCUCCGGGAUACUGCCUGCCUGCUAGCCCUGGUCAGAGCUGCCACUCCUAUGCUGUCAUACCUGAUGGCUUUUUUGGGGCUUGGCCUUUUUAUAGAAAUAAUAAAUAAAAAAUGUUGUGCCAAUAUAAUUUACUCUGGUUAAUAUAAACCUAGCGUUAUUUUCUUCUCUGACUGAAGUGAAGUGUUGCAUCUUUGUUUUAAUACCAAUAAGUAGAUCUACUUUUCUUUUAUGUUACAUAUUAAGCCAUUUUCCACCACGACCAAUAUGGAUAUCACUGAAUCACUAAGAUUCCAUGAUAUCCCCCCCUCGUUCUUUUUAGUUCUAAAUGUGUGUAUGUGCUUCUCCCUGUCCUCUAGUUCUCUGUGCCUCCCCUCUCCCUUUUCUCUCUCUCUUUCACCCUCUUGCUGGUCUCAGAGUAAGGAGGGGCCUUAUCUGGGCCCCUAUCAUGUAGUAAUGGAAUCCUCUCCGUCUGCUUGCCCUACCUGUCCCGUCCCUGUCACAAACCAACGCAUCGUCUUCUCUUCUUAUUCUACUCUGUGUUUCUGCCCUCUCCUCCAAGUUUUAUUUUCAUUAUUACAAAGAAAGCGACAGCAAAAAGCUGCAUCCCUUCAAUUGCUUGUAAAAAGUCCAAAUUAAGAAGAGUACUGAAUGAUUCCCAUUCCCCAACACACGAAAGGCCCAUGUCAUGCUUAAAUUUGAAAAGGAAAAAAGCAGCACUUAAAGGCAUUGAUCCUUUUAUUCAAAAGGUGUGCAUGUGUGAGCAUACUGCUUCUGAAUUCAGGCUCACACACAUAAGUGUUCUGGUGAAACAAAAGAGAAGAUGCGCUGUAAAAAGCUACAUUCUAAUGGGUCUGGUCUUUUCUGUUUUUCUCACAGCAUGGACAAGAACGGCACGAUGACCAUCGACUGGAACGAGUGGAGAGACUACCACCUACUGCACCCCGCCGUUAACAUUCCCGAGAUCAUCCUGUACUGGAAACACUCAACAGUAAGACUAAGUUAGAAAGAAAAACAGCACUUUUUCUCUCAGGGUUGUUCUAAAGAACAAGCUUUCGUUGUUUUUCAUCAAGUAAAAACUACCAGGAUAGUAUGAGACACGUUUGUAUCACUGUCUUCAGCUAUUAAAGCUUUUGAAUGACAAAUACUGUAAACAAAGGAAGGAAUUUUCUGAGGGCCGUUUAUAGAAAAGCAUAGUUGUGUUCAUAUAUUGUCAAUGCUCCCACAGACACUCUCCAUGCCCCAGCCAUAUUAGCCAUCUAGGCCCUGACCAGGGUUCCCGGAAAUACUCCCUAAAGGAGCCAAACAGGUCACUGUGAUCCUGCUUAAUCCCCUUGAACAGAUCAACCAACCACCUUCCGCUGACGUCAAUCAGCAAGCUUUUCCGCUACCGUAUCCUGUUAGGCCAGGAGAGCAGACAGUCGUUCCUGUAGAUCAUAGUGGAGAUUCAGUUCACACACUCGUCGUGUUCAUGAAGGUCAAUUUUUAUAUUGGAGUGACACGGGACCAUAAGAAGUACUGUGGCUUAUGUGAAUUAGAGUUUUUGAGCAGGAUGCCUUUUUACCUGAUUCCCCCGGUGAAUGUUAUAUCCUCGUCGGUUCGACCUGCUAUCACGGUACGUUUGUGCGUGCCUCGGGGGGGACCUGUUUUAAAUUGGGAGACUACCACUCUCUAAGUGGACAUGAACUUGAGGGAAUUUGAAUGGGUUAAAAGCGGCUCUCGCAGCUGAAAUAGUUGGUGCUCUCACGAUUUCUUCUAAGAACUCACAGUUAAAGUCAAGGGACAUUCCUGUUCAAAUUAUCGUGGCGCACCGACUGGCUGAUCCCCUGCAGGAGGUGGAACUGUUAUGUAAUACCUGUUUACAUACUGAAAACCUGUGAUGCUUCUCUGCCUUAUUGGACCCCCCUCUACAGUUGUCAAAACAAGGCUUUCAAUUAUAUCCCAAUGGGAUGCCUAUAUGUGUUGGCUUAUGAUUGCAUAAUACUGUUGGUCGCAGGUUAGAAUCAGGAAAUUGACCCACCAGUCCAACAACUCUAUAUGUCAAUCAUGGUACCCCGCUGUGUGUGUUCGCCUCCAUCCCUCCAUCCACUUUCCUGACCUGCUCCUGUCUGUCUGUAGAUAUUUGAUGUGGGGGAGAGUCUGAUGGUGCCAGAUGAGUUUACAGCCGAGGAAAAGAAGACUGGGAUGUGGUGGCGACACUUAGUGGCUGGAGGGGCAGCCGGCGCCAUGUCUCGAACAUGCACCGCACCCCUGGACCGGCUCAAAGUGCUCAUGCAGGUAAGGACACUCCCAUGGAGAGGAUAUUUCAAGAACUGACCUCGGUUCCGUUAAGAAGGAAAAAGGACAAUAACUUAUUUUUGUGUUCACACUGCAAUUGAACUCCAAUCCUCUUUAAUGCAACAAUUCUUAGUUCACUUUUAAACUGACAGUCAGGAUAUUUGGCUCACAUUAAAUACAAGCUUAAAAGCUCACUCCACCUUUUAGCUUAUACAUUAUACAUUAUUCAUAUAACCUAUGUAUUUAUCCUAUUGCAGAGAGACAAUUGCAUAAGGCCUGUUCUUAGGACACUGUUUCUGCUAGCGAGUGCAAUUCCACUGAUAGCACCCGCAAUGAUUGAGACACUCAGAACAGAAGCAUUCAGAACAGAAGCACUCGUGUCAGUAGAAGCCCAAUGGGAUAGAUAACAGCUCAGAGUUCGUCCUUCUUUCUUUAUCUGUUUAUCCCAUUUUCCAUCGAUCUGUGUUCACUCAUUCCCAGUGUUUCUUUGAGUGGAUAGAUAGAAACGGAGCACUAUAACAGUAAAAUGACAUGAAAACAUGAACAAUGUGUUGACACGUUCCACCAACAUUAUAGGGAGAUUUGAUAGAGGAGAAAAACGAUCUGUCUUACGGUCUCGUUUCCAGGUCCACGCCUCCCGUACCAACAGCAUGUGCAUCGCCGGCGGCUUCACCCACAUGAUACGCGAGGGCGGCAUGAGGUCACUAUGGCGAGGCAACGGCAUGAACGUCAUCAAGAUCGCCCCCGAGUCGGCCAUCAAGUUCAUGGCUUACGAGCAGGUAAACCUAUCGUUCAGCACCUUUACUUUAAUAUGGUGGGACCCUUUCUAGUGCUGUCAAGUUGAAGCCAAUUAACGUUUUGGUAUUAACUGCUCUGUAGUUUAGGAACAUACUCAGAGGAAAUACUACUAUAAGCUCCUGUCACUUACCAAGUUGGUCUUGACUAGGUCCUCUCAUGGCCUCUCAUAGUUGAACUCAAAUGCUCUUGAGGACUGUCACUAACCAGCGUUGUUGUGUUGUGCAGAUCAAACGUUUGAUAGGCAGCAACCAGGAGACACUGGGCAUCCUGGAGAGGUUUGUGGCGGGAUCUCUGGCUGGAGCCAUCGCCCAGAGCAGUAUCUACCCCAUGGAGGUGUUGAAGACACGCUUAGCCCUGAGGAAGACGGGCCAGUUCUCUGGCAUCGCUGACUGUGCCAAAUACAUCUUCCGGAAGGAGGGCAUGGCCGCCUUCUACAAGGGCUACAUUCCCAACUUGAUAGGCAUCAUCCCCUACGCCGGCAUCGACCUGGCUGUCUACGAGGUGUGUGUGUGUCAGGGUUUCUGUUAGGAAAAUGUGACGCCGGACAACGUGAUCGGGUAGAUUUAAAUUUACCAGCCAUUUGAGAAAUGUACGGGACCCAUAUGCAUUGGGUGUGUAACCCAUUAGGGUGUCCACCCACAGUGCUCAGAAUGACGGAAAUCACAUUUAGAUUAUGGGUAAUGCAUCUUAACAGAACAUGCAACUCCUGUAAAGAAGCAGCCAAUAAAAAAUAAUUUUCAAACAUUUGCCAAAAUGCAAUUCGUGGGAAAACGCCAUUCUAAACAGCACAACUGAUGCGAGCGGUUCCAUAGGCCUAUGUGACAGAGAUGAAAAUCUCAGUUAGAAAUGGGUUGCUAAUAUGACUAUGAUUGUGCCUUUGGCUUCUGGACAACGAAAGAAAGUUGAUAUGAAAACCAAUAGAACAGGAGAGAAAUGGCAUAUGAGGAAGUCUUUCGUAGGCGGCGCAUUCAAUAGCUUCCCCUAAAGUAAAGUGAAAUAUAUUUGCCAAAAUUUAUAUAUUUACUCAAAAUACUUCACCAGAGCAUGACUUAGCCACAGAGGAAUCGAGGAUCAUUAGCUUCCUUUUUUAAAAUAGCUGUGGAUUGUUUCAAAUCACAAGCUCGUAUAGGCUUAUGCCUAUAUGGACAGCGCGCGUGGCAAUUGGCAAAAGCUGAUUAGCUGUCAGUGAAAAGCAUCUAAAAUAUGUGUGAAGAUAAUGUGCCUUGAGUAUAAUUACAAAUGUUGAGACAAGAAGGGGAGGGAUGUGUGGCGAAGAUAUAGGGGCGUCUCUCUCCAGAAUGCGCUCAGCUCUCCAGAAUGCAGUUAGCUGUCUCUCGCCAAUUCUUGCGCAUUCAUUGUGUGAAUUGGUUUUCCCCUUUGAGUGAAUGUUUGUUUAUUUUUAUCAAUUCCCCAUUACAUACAGUGAGCUCCAAAAGUAUUGGGACAGUGACAAUUUUGUUGUUUUGGUUCUGUACUCCAGCACUUUGGAUUUGAAAUGAUACAAUGACUAGGAGGUUGAAGUGCAGACUGUCAGCUUUAAUUUGAGGGUAUUUUCAUCCAUAUCGGAUGACCUGUUUAGAAAUGACAGCACUUCUUGUACAUAGUCCCCCCAUUUUAGGGGACCAAAAGUAUUGGGACAAAUUCACUAAUGUGUAUUAAAGUAGUAUCAGUUUAGUAUUUGGUCCCAGAUUCCUAGCACGCAAUGAUUACUUCAAGCUUGUGACUCUACAAACUUGUUGGAUGCAUUUGCUGUUUGUUUUGGUUGUGUUUCAGAUUAUUUUGUGCCGAAUAGAAAUGAAUGGUAAAUAAUGUAUUGUGUCAUUUUGGUAAAUUACAAUAGAACAUGUUUCUAAGCACUUCUACAUUAAUGUGGACGCUACCAUGAUUACAGAUAGUCCUGACUGAAUCAGGAAUAAUAAUGAUGAGCGGGAAAAUUAGAAGCACAUAUCAUACCCCCAAGAAAAAAAAUUUUUUUGGGGGGGGUAUGAUAUUUAUGCCUCUUUCUCACUCAUCAUCGUUGCUGCCUAUCGAAUUUGACCCGCGGGUGAUUUUAUUUGGCUGCCUAAGUGUCUGUAUAUACAGUGCAUUCGGGAAGUAUUCAGACCCCUUCCUUUUUGCCACAUUUAGUUACGUUACAGCCUUAUUCUAAAGUGGUUUAAAAUAAUUUUUUCCUCAUCAAUCUACACACAAUACCCCAUGAUGACAAAGCGAAAAUAGGUUUUUAGAAAUAUUUGCAAAUGUAUAAAAAUAAAAAAAAACGGAAAUACCUUAACACAAGCAAAUUAGCUCAUGUUCCAAAGUAUUCCCACGCAUAAGAGAGAUAUACUGUAUGUGAUCGUAUACAAAUGCAAGCAAGGUUUGAAAUUAUUGUUUUAGUAAAAUAUUAUAUCUGUUUGCGGUCAAUUUGCGGUCUACAAAUUAUUUGUCAUUAUGUUCCGGCCCCGCUCAAGAACAAAUCAGCCCACGGCUGAAUCUAGUUCAUGAUCCUGGGCUAGUUGAUACAAUGUUGCAAGUUCGCUAGUGACAACUUCGGGCCGGACCCAGUUGAUCAAAUCAAAUCAAAUUGUAUUGGCCACAUGCGCCGAAUACAACAGGUGCAGACAUUACAGUGAAAUGCUUACUUACAGCCCUUAACCAACAGUGCAUUUAUUUUUCAUAAAAAAGUAGAAUAAAACAACAAAAAAGUGUUGAGAAAAAAAGAGCAGAAGUAAAAUAAAAUAACAGUAGUGCAGCUAUAUAUACAGGGGGUCACCGGUGCAGAGUCAAUGUGCGGGGGCACCGGCUAGUUGAGGUAGUUGAAGUAAUAUGUACAUGUGGGUAGAGUUAAAGUGACUAUGCAUUAAUAAUUAACAGAGUAGCAGCAGCGUAAAAAGAUGGGGUGGGGGGGCAGUGCAAAUAGUCCGGGUAGCCAUGAUUAGCUGUUCAGGAGUCUUAUGGCUUGGGGGUAGAAGCUGUUGAGAAGUCUUUUGGACCUAGACUUGGCACUCCGGUACCGCUUGCCGUGCGGUAGCAGAGAGAACAGUCUAUGACUAGGGUGGCUGGAGUCUUUGACAAUUUUGAGGGCCUUCCUCUGAUUGAUAUGAUACAAUGUUGCACUUCACUAGCGAUAGCUAAAGUCAAGACAGAUAAAAAGGGAGGCAGACAGGCAGAGUAGAGAGAUGAAUGCGAUAGAAUGAACCUGAAUUUUCAUCAAUAUAUUUUGAAUUGUUUUUAUUUGUCAGCUUAAUGUGUUUUUACUUGUAUUUUUAGUUGACAAUGGAAGUUAUAGCCUAGGCCAAUGAAGCAGUAGGCCUAUCUUCAAUUACCAAAUAAAAAAUAGUAGCCAUCUUUAAUCGUGGCCAUCAAAACUGUUUUUAACACGCGAUUGCAUUUAGAAUUGUUGCCCAAUGACUGGGCUUAUAAAAGCACAUGUUUUACAGCAGCAACCAGCUGAGGCGAUGCAGAAGAAAUCCAGCUCAAAAUAGGCUCUGUAGGCCUAUGCUGUGCGUGUAUGAUAGUUGUGUUGGAUAAAUAAGAUGCAUGACGACUAACGAAAAUACACACUCGACUAGUAUUUCCAUCAAUUAAUAAAAAGCAUAAUUUUGCAAUGUGAUAGUUUUUUCUCCCGGUCAAUUUGGCUGGCAAUUAUUUUAUUUAUCGUCUUCAUUUUUUUUAUUGCCUAAAGCCAGCAAUUACCGUCUAACGGAAACCCUGGUGUGUGUGUGUGUUGCUAGGAGGCUGUACUAUUAGGACAUCUCCUCUCUGGCGUUCUAAUAUCUCAGGACCACACAUUUUCUCUCUUCAGCUAACCAUUUUGUCUUUCUUUUUCCAACUCUUUUUUUCUCCCUCCUUCCACCAUCAAGACGCUGAAGAACUCAUGGCUGCAGCACUAUGCCACAGACAGUGCUGACCCAGGGGUGGUCGUCCUGUUAGCCUGCGGUACCACCUCCAGCACCUGUGGACAGCUGGCCAGCUACCCCCUGGCCCUGGUCAGGACCCGAAUGCAGGCACAAGGUACGCCCACUGCCAAUAUCUAUUUGGAGUUUCAUUAGAUAUCUUGCAUAGAAUGAAUUAGUGACAGUGUUGGUUCAUGGACCCACCAAAACCUGUGGUACAAUGGAAUUUGUUAAUCGGGGAUGCAUAAUGUCUGUCUUCAUAUUGGUAGUGGGGUACAGGGGUAGUGUGUUUUAUUACAGAUAUAUACAGUGAGGGAAAAACGUAUUUGAUCCCCUGCUGAUUUUGUACGUUUGCCCACUGACAAAGAAAUGAUCAGUCUAUAAUUUUAAUAGUAGGUUUAUUUGAACAGUGAGAGACAGAAUAACAACAAAAAAAUCCAGAAAAACGCAUUUAAAAUUUUUAUAAAUUGAUUUGCAUUUUAAUGAGGGAAAUAAGUAUUUGACCCCCUCGCAAUCAGAAAGAUUUCUGGCUCCCAGGUGUCUUUUAUACAGGUAACGAGCUGAGAUUAGGAGCACACUCUUAAAGGGAGUGCUCCUAAUCACAGCUUGUUACCUGUAUAAAAGACAACUGUCCACAGAAGCAAUCGAUCAGAUUCCAAACUCUCCACCAUGGCCAAGACCAAAGAGCUCUCCAAGGAUGUCAGGGACAAGAUUGUAGACCUACACAAGGCUGGAAUGGGCUACAAGACCAUCGCCAAGCAGCUUGGUGAGAAGGUGACAACAGUUAGUGUGAUUAUUCGCAAAUGGAAGAAACACAAAAGUACUGUCAAUCUCCCUCGAACUGGGGCUCCAUGCAAGAUCUCACCUCAUGGAGUUGCAAUGAUCAUGAGAACGGUGAGGAAUCAGCCCAGAACUACACGGGAGGAUCUUGUCAAUGAUCUCAAGGCAGCUGGGACCAUAGUCACCAAGAAAACAAUUGGUAACACACUACGCCGUGAAGGACUUGAUGACAGCUUUGCACACUCUUGGCAUUCUCUCAACCAGCUUCACCUGGAAUGCUUUUCCAACAGUCUUGAAGGAGUUCCCACAUAUGCUUAGCACUUAUUUGCUGCUUUUCACACCUGUUAAUUUAAAUGCAUUCCAGGUGACUACCUCAUGAAGCUGGUUGAGAGAAUGCCAAGAGUGUGCAAAGCUGUCAUGAAGGCAAAGGGUGGCUAUUUGAAGAAUCUCAAAUAUAAAAUAUAUUUUGAUUUGUUUAACACUUUUUUGGUUACUACAUGAUUCCAUAUGCGUUAUUUCAUAGUUUUGACGUCUUCACUAUUAUUCUACAAUGUAAAAAAUAGUAAAAAUAAAGAAAAACCCUUGAAUGAGUAGGUGUGUCCAAACAUUUGACUGGUAGUGUAAGUAUUCAGACCCUUUGCUAUAAGACUCGAAAAUUGCGCUCCGGUGCAUCCUGUUUCCAUUGAUUGUCCUUGAGACUUUUCUACAACUUGAUUGGAGUCCACCUGAGGUAAAUUCAAUUGAUUGGACAUGAUUAAGAAAGGCACACCUGUCUAUAUAAGGUCCCACAGUUGACAGUGCAUGUCAGAGCAAAAAACAAGCCAUGAGGUCGAAGGAAUUGUCCGUAGAACUCCAAGACAGGAUUGUGUCGAGGCACAAAUCUGUGGAAGGGUACCAAAACAUUUCUGCAGCAUUGAAGGUCUCCAAAAACAGUGGCCUCCAUCAUUCUUAAAUGGAAGAAGUUUGGAACCACCAAGACUCUUAUUAAAGCUGGCUGCUCGGCCAAACUGAGCAAUCAGGGGAGAAGGGCCUUGGUCAGGGAGGUGACCAAGAACCCGAUGAUCAGCUCCAGAGUUUCUCUGUGGAGAUGGUAGAACCUUCCAGAAGGACAACCAUCUCAGCAGCACUCCACCAAUCAGGCCUUUAUGGUAGAGUGGCCAGAUGGAGGCCACUCCUCAGUAAAAGGCACAUGACAGCCCGCUUGGAGCUUGCCAAAAGGCUCUCGGACCAUGAGAAACAAGAUUCUCUGGUCUGAUUAAACCAAGAUUGAACUCUUUGGCCUGAAUGCCAAGUGUCACGUCUGGUGGAAACCUGGCACCAUCCCUACGGUGAAGCAUGGCGGUGGCAGCAUCAUGCUGUGGGGAUGUUUUUAAGCGGCAGGGACUGGGAGACUAUUCAGGAUCAGGGGAAAGAUGAACAGAGCAAAGUACAGAGAGAUCCUUGAUGAAAAUCUGAUCCAGAGCGCUCAGGACCUCAGACUGGGGCGAAGGUUCACCUUCUAACAGGACAACAACACUAAGCACACAGCCAAGACAAUGCAGGAGUGGCUUCGGGACAAGUCUCUGAAUGUACUUGAGUGGCCCAGCCAGAGACCAGACUUGAACCCGAUCUAACAUCUCUGGAGAGACCUGAAAAUAGCUGUGCAGCGAUGCUCCCCAUCCAACCUGACAGAGCUUUGAGGAUCUGCAGAGAAGAAUGGGAGAAACUCCCCAAAUACAGGUGUGCCAAGCUUGAAGCGUCAUACCCAAGAAGACUCAAGGUUGUAAUCACUGCCAAAGGUGCCUCAACAAAGUACUGAGUAAAGGGUCUGAAUACUUAUGUAAAUGUGAUAUUUCAGUUGUUUAUCUUUAAUACAUUUGCUAAAAUUUUGAAAAAUCUGUUUUUGCUUCAUCAUUAUGGGGUAUUGUGUGUAGAUUGAUGUGGAAAAAGUAAAGGGGUCUGAAUACUUUUGGAAUGCACAUCAGAUAGUUGCCUCAUCAGCAUGGCUAAUAAUAUCGACAUUGACCCAGUUUCCAGAGUGGUGCAUCUCUAGUGUUGAUGUGUAUCUCAUGUCGCUCAUCCUCUCAUGUUGUUUCCCCUCAGCCACCAUCGAGGGCGGUCCCCAGAUGACCAUGUCGGGGCUGUUCAAACACAUUGUGAAGACUGAGGGUGCAUUCGGACUCUACAGAGGCCUGGCCCCCAACUUCAUGAAAGUCAUUCCAGCGGUCAGCAUCAGCUAUGUGGUCUACGAGAACCUCAAGAUUAGCCUGGGGGUGGUGUCACGUUGA